AGUAAGUAACACAUGGUUAGUAAAACUAUGGGCACAUAAUAACCAUAGUUUUAUUUUUAUAUGUUUUUUUUUUACCAUGGUUUUGCUAGAGUAAUCAAUACACCAAAAAACCAUGGUUACUACACUUUACAACAAAAACAUGUUUAAUUUUGGUAAGUGUGAGAUAGAAGUGUUCAUUUUACGCAAACUAGUAUGGAAGUAGGCGAAUUCAGAUGCAGGUAUAGUGUGGAUUAUAGUGUGCACUUGGCUUUGACAUUUUGCAGAUCAUCUGGGACAGUCUUGCUUGUUUAGCUCCUGUCGUGCGCAUGCGCUCUCAAGUGGCCAUGAUCGCAAGUGUUUGUAUUUAAACAAACCCUCAAUGAAGACAUUCAUGGAUGUAAUAGCAUAAUAAUAUUUAUUAAAAUAUCUCAUAGCAAACCCUCACAGAAACAUGUAGAUAUUGUGAAAUUUUUAGAAUGAUUUGGCCGAUUUACGAGCAUGUGAGAAAACACAGGGCGCGCGCGCGCACGCCUCACUCCUCUGCACAUGCGCAGUCUAUGCCUGCCCGCAGCAGCUCGGUCCGUGGCGGCUGCUGCUGUUUCUGUCCGCUGCACCGAAGAUCUCCUUGUUUUUCCUAUCCGGUUCUCGACCGUCGCUGUCGAUGCACGUGAAUCCGCCCUCCGGGGCCGCGCUGCUCGGUCCGUACGGGCGCUGAAGGCUCGCCUGAUCUCAGCACCGAGCGAUAUGCGCUCGGAUGAGGCCUACACGCUGAAGCUGUCCUGCUCCUCUUCCUCCUCAUCCACCUUCUCCUGCUCCUCCUCACCGUGAUGGCUGAUGAUCAGAAACAGCAGCCCGGUGCUCUCGGGUCCCUGCAGAGCCCCGAGGCCACGGCGCUGCAGUACAACAAGAUCAAAAACUCGAUUUGCAAAUCUGUACAAUCAAAAGUGGAAAGUAUAUUGCAAGAUAUUGAGAAGUUUACAGACAUUGAGAAACUCUACCUCUACCUCCAGUUGCCUUCUGGUCCCAGCAGUGUCCAUGAGAAGAGAACUGAAACUCAGAGAGGUUCUGCGAGUCCGGCAUUAUGUGACCAGAAUUCAAUGUCGUCCAGUCGGACUCAACAGAUGUACGCUUUCAAUUGGAUUCGGAAUCAUUUGGAAGAGCACCCGGAAACCUCGCUGCCAAAACAAGAGGUGUAUGAUGAAUACAAGAGUUACUGCGACAAUCUGGGCUACCAUCCAUUAAGCGCAGCCGAUUUUGGAAAGAUCAUGAAAAACGUUUUUCCUAAUAUGAAGGCACGUCGUUUGGGCAUGAGGGGAAAAUCAAAGUACUGCUACAGUGGUCUGAGGAAGAAAGCACUCGUUCACAUGCCGUCACUCCCUAACCUGGAUUUACACAAAGCAGGCGAUGGGUGUGAAUUGUUGGAGUCGACGGGUCAGUCUCCCAACGCUGAGGAUGAGAUGCGUUUAGCCGCCUGUGGUCUGGUGUGUGAAUGGGCUCAGAAGGUUUUGAGUCGUCAGUUUGAUAGUGUGGAGGAACUGGCCCGAUUUCUACUCAACAGUCACUACAUUGGCACUAAGUCCAUGGCGGCUCUUACUGUUAUGACUGGAACCCCAACAGGUAUGAAAACCCCUACGCCGGCCUCUGCGUUUGUGCCAACUGGUGAAGCGAAUGCAUUCCAGCCCCAGGUGAAGACCCUUCCUUCACCAUCUGUAGAUGCCAAACAGCAGCUACAGCGCAAGAUCCAGAAGAAACAGCAAGAACAGAAGCUCACCUCACCUCUGCCCACUGAUGCCCAGGCCAGAAGAGCAGAGGCGGGCACGCCAGGCCCAGGGUGCAGUCUCACAUCUGGAAGUCCAGCAUUGCUGUCCCCUCAGCCCACCAUAGGCAUUGUAGUAACUGCAGUACCAAGUCCCAUCACGGUUCAAAGAAGCAGACAACUAAUGACUUCUCCAAGUCCUGUUGGGGCAGCAGAGGGAAAAGUUGUACCUGUUAACUUCCAGGUUGUGACACAGCCUGUUAAGCAGUCUCCAAAAGCCCCCCAAAAUGUCCCUGUCAGCCCAGUUGGGGACAGACUUGCCAGACACAGAUAUGCCCAGAUAUUACCCAAACCCUCAGCCACCAGCGCCAUUUCCCUUCGCUCGCCCCCAACACUCCUCAUCACCAAUAGUCCAAUCAAGACGGUGAUGCCCACAUCUCAUGUUAGUUCUGUAAAUGUGGUCAAGAUGACCGCAAUAUCACUAGCACCCAACAGUAGUGGCAGUAGUAGUAAUACUCCGGCCCCACUGCGACCUGCCUCUGCUGGCAUCAGUAGCACAGUGUCCCAGGAAGAAGCUAACCAGACCCAGCAAGCUCAGAAUGGUGCUUCUGCCAUGCCACUUCAGGUACCUGGGGUCGGGAAAGCUGGACGUCCUUCCGUGACCCCAACACCAUCAGUAUCCAGCACCAGUGAGGUCAGAUUGACAUUGGAAGCUGUGAAUGACCGUAGCUCUGCUGUUGACAAACAAAGCACUGCAUCUGGGGCGAGUACAGGACAAAAGAAUGAACGAGCCACUAAAUUCAGGGCUUCCAGUGAACCGUCUCUCCUUAUUAAGGCGUCCCCUGUGCCUGAAAGAGUGACAAACCGUGCAAAGAGUGACUCUGCAACCCCUUCGAGUACAAUCAUGGGGGCUGUUGCCCUAAGCAGCAAUAACAACAAUGACCAGGAAAGCACCUUGUAUUUAACUGUUACCAACCAGAAUGCAGAUCCUGGAAUGUCAUCUAUUGGGGCUUUGGCAACUGUAGGCACUUCUCUUAAAGAUGCAGGGCCGGGUCCAAAAAGCCCCCGAAAACGCUCGGCAUCUGUUCUGGAAACGCACACCAUCCCAGUUAAAAGGGUUUUCAUUUCCCAGCAAACUUUUGAUGUUAACACUAAUCCCAGGCCUGGUCUUGUAAUAGCAGCCAAGAAGAUUCAGAGACCAGGAACCCCAGCGAGACCAGAGAGCGCUCCAUGCAAAGUUACACUGAAACAGACAAACUCCCUUCCAACUCAAAUCCUGGCUCUUUCCGAUACUCCCAUCGGAACUUUGAACGCCUCUCCGACUGUUAAUCCUCAGAGCUCUUUACAAAACGAGAAUGAAGUAGCUGAUAGAAUCCCUAGUGACACGGUCACAGCUACGGAUCACUCCUUACUCCAGCAGAUCACAGCUCAACAACAGAUCACCAAUGUGGCUUCUCAGCAGGCCUCUGUUGUUAGUGAGCUUAAGAGCUCGUUGCAAAACUACUCGCGACAAAUACAAGCAGAACAUAAACAGAUUGCAGCUAAUCCGUUACCGUUGAUGGCUCAGGCCCCUGAGGGCUCCAGUCAGCUUGCUCUUCAGCAGGACAUUGUUGAUUUUGCAGGGGCUCAGACAAGCAUGGACUAUUUCCCAUUCAACGAUGAUGAUAUGACCCAGGACAGUAUUGUAGAAGAGCUCGUACAGAUGGAAGAACAAAUGAAGCUGAAUAGCAGUUUGCAAUCAUACUUGAGUUGCGUGGACAUAUCUCUACAAGGUCAAGCAACAGUUGGCCAAGGAACAAUCCUGUCCCCUCAUCAGACCAGUACACAGUUCUAUCACUCUUCUCAUAGUAGCGCCACACCGAUCCACACACCAACACCGACUCCUACACCAACACCGACGCCUACUCCAACUCCUACCUCUGAGAUGCUACCAGGGGGACAUGGCUUGACCAGAGAAAGCCCUUGUUCUCGAAUGGCACCUGUUACUCCAGUGGAUAGCAUCUUAGGCGGAAGGCAUACACCCAUCAGCACUCCUCUGUCAAACUGCAGUAGCAGUGUCCCUCCGAGCCCCGUUGAAUGUCGCAACCCCUUCGCUUUUACCCCUAUUAACUCCAGUAUAACUAGUUAUCACGAUGGUAGCGUUGUGUCUAGUAGUCCAGUGAAACCCAUGCAAAGGCCUAUGGCCACUCACCCGGAUAAAGCAAAACUAGAUUGGAUCAACAACAGGUAUAACAGCACUGCAGGGUCUCCUGUUAUCUCUAACACCACCACUAUUGGUAUUCUGCCUAGUUACCAGGAUCUAGUUGAAGAUCACUUCCGCAAACCACAUGCCUUUGCCAUCCCAGGCCAAUCCCUCCAGUCUCAGUCAAGACAUCAAGAUGGGAAUUUGGGAAGAUUGACAACUGUGUCUCCAGUGCAGCAAACUGGACAGCAAACUGCCCCUAGUAGCAAGCAAGAAAGUUUUGCCGUCCCAGCUCCAUUAGACAACAAAGGGACAGGAAACACAUCUAUCUCAGGGGGUGGGACGUUCAGGUGUCGUAGUGUCAGCCCAGCGGUCCGGCAACGAAAUCUUAGUGGCACCACUGCACAAACGGUCACCACCCCAAGGUCUGUUGUAUCUCCCUUUAACUGCCCCCUGACAUCCGAGGUCCUGAGCAUUCUCUCUAACAACCAGUCUGUGGUCAGUGCCAGCAGUUUGGCUCAGAGGAGCCAAUCGGUGCCAUUAAAUAUCAUGAUGCAGUCUGAGCUACUUCCUGGCAGUCACCAAGUACAGCAAAACAACAGCACUAAGAUUACCACUGUGCUUCUUAGCAAGAUGGACACGGAUGGAGACGAUACAGUGCGAGGUCUGGGCGUAAAUAAUCUGUCCGCCAACUACACGGCACGGAUGAACUUAACCCAAAUCUUGGAGACGACACAAGGCUUCCCGGCAGGCCCCAACCAUCAGAACCAGCAGUUGCCUCUGGAUUCAAGCCCUUCACCUUUUGACUUCCAGAAGACGGGUUACCUUAUAAGCACGGGGGGAGAAGAGCAGGUGACCUUCUCCGCUGACGACGGCCAAGCACAAUCAGCCUCUGGACUGCAGCAACAAGAAGAGCUUCAACUUCAAGAACCACAGUUGGAGCUACAAGAUCAACAGCUACAGCUUCUGAAUCAUCAACUGCAGCUCCAAGAUCAACAGCUCCAACUCCAGGACCAACAGCUGCAGAUGCCAGACCGACAACAGUUACAAGACGAUACAGAAAUCGGCCAACAGCACCUGUUGUCUCAAACCUCGCAGCAAGAUUUUGAUAGGGAGCAACAAGAUCAACUGGACUUUAACUCCACCGUUAAGGACCUCUUGGGGGAGGACGGACUCAACCCCAGUUCACAACUCGUUGGGCAGGUGGCAUCGGAACUCAGCGCCGUCGCCUCCGACUUCUCCAGCGAUAUCCGGUUGAGCUCUGACCUGUCCAGUAGCAUUAAUGACCUGAACACUUUAGACCCCAAUCUGCUGUUCGACCCCAGUCAACCGCAGGACCAAUAUGAAGACGCCACACUGGAAGAACUGAAGAACGAUCCUCUGUUUCAACAGAUUUGCAGUGAUACUGUGAACUCUGCUGGUUUCGAUUGGCUGGAGAACAAAGACCAGUCGACCGUGGAAAUGUUGGGAUAAUGCGAUAAUGCUGUUCCUUUGUUGUUAAUGUUGUUGUCGUUGUUUAUAUUUAUGGUUUCUGUUCCGAGUUUUUGUUUUUGUAUUGUGAAGUUUUGUGUACAAAAAUGUUAAAUGCGUGUCUGUGCAGCAAAAAUCUGGACGCUUUGGGACUGUCCAGUGUGUGAAGUGCCAGCCUGAAGUAAAUCUCUUACAGGCAUGUGCUUUAUCUGAACUUUAUAUCUGAAGUUUUAUUGUAUUACUGUUUAACAGGUCAUUCCAGUCAUUUCUCUUCAUUCAAAAGUCAUUAAUAGUUGACGGUCAAAUAUUUCCAACUUAUAGUAAUAUAUGUUCGAUAUAGCUGGCGCACAAUCUUAUAGCAGGCAUAUACUUGAUUUCAUUGAUUUUUGCUUCCACUAAAGUCAUAGUGGAUAUUGAGACCUGCAUGAAUAAUUUGUUCUUGUAUUUCAACGAAAUGCAAUAUUCCAAGCGACAAAUCAUUGACUUUGGGAAAAGUUCCUUUCUAUACAAAACGGUCGUCUAAAUAUGUUGAAUUGUGGCUGUGGGACCCGAGGGCAGACGAGCAGCAAAUUGUGACUUUUUUACAUAUCGUCAAUCGUCAGUUCAAUGAACUGCAAUGAUUUGAGGUGCUAUUUGGUGCUGACGUCAAGAAUCUCAUCCGUAAAGCAUUAUUUGUUUUUGUUUUGAAAAAGAAUUGACUCAUUUUUGCAAAAAGGAUUUUUAAGGCCAUAAUACUUGUACUGUUAAAUCAAAACUGUCGAGGAGGAAUGAGAUUUUUGCUAUAUCUGUUUUUGCUGUUGUUUCGAACAAAAAAAAAAUGGGAAAAGAAUCGUCUGCCUUAUUUUUACAGUCCACAGCCCUUUUAUUCCACCCGGCGUUUGAAAUUCGAGAGGAACGUUCUUGUAAUGCACUUGAUGUCUUCGGGUUAAGAGUUCGCAGUGAUCAUCUCUGCAGAGGGUUGCUUGCCAUUUAUAGGUCUGUCCAUCGAUGAUCGCUAGUUUCUUAUGGUAUGGUGAUGGCUAGGUAUUCAUUUUAAGGAUGUGACUAACUUGAGAUCAACAGGCAAACCUGUCUAGUUUCUCCAGCCUUAACUUUCUCCAUACCAAAGAGAAGCUGUUGAAGAAUAAAAAGAGAUCGUGAGGUCCAUCGUUGAUUUCCCAUCAUCGCGUAGGACUCGUAGGAUCUUGUUGUCGGGCUGUGGUAAACGGUUACCACCUUGAUGAACUCUUAUUUGUGUAAAUUAUGUAUAUGACAGACACGUUGGAUGUACAGAUAACUACGGACCGGCGAGCAUGUUAUAGAAGUUCAUGAAGGUUGACUGACUUUGGCUGUUUGUAGACGUUACGGUAGUGCCGCAUUUGUAAAAAGGACAUAGUGGUCAUCAUGAAAUUUCCAUGUUAUCAAGCCGCUCUAUAAUGGUGAUAAAUAGUAGGUAGAUGAGAGUGCCCUUACCAAAACAGAAGAUGCUGAGUCCAUAGCAGCACGAUAGCUCGCCUGUUUCGUUCCUGGCUUCAUGUGAUGUACUAGUUAAUGCUGUCUUUUGAGUCUGUAGCUUGCUGAUGUUUAUUUCAUAGGAGUUUAUUGGUUCCUGCGUACGCAGAUGUGUUGUGUAAACCGAGAGGGAUAUUAUAGCAUGGAUUUAUUGAGAUACGACUUAAAUAUAAAAAAGGCGUUCAUUUUAUUGUGACAUAGCUAAAUGUGGUGUGCAGACAGAGCAGACACUGGAAACCAUUUGAAAGACGUACAAACCUUCAUCUUUAUUGCACUAAAAGUUUUUUUUUAUUUGUGAAAAGUUUUUAAUGUAACAAUCGGUGCCCAUGUUGUUUUUCUUUUUACGACAAAUAGCAAACGGGGAAUUACUCACGACAUCAAUGAAUAAUUGCCUUCUGUAGCAAUGAGCUCUAAUCUCAAUGAGAUCCGCGGUGUACAACUUCUCAUACCUGAGAAUAAGAUAUGAAAUUUUAAAUCACAUUAUGAAGACGUGAGAUUAAAGUGCUUCACCGUGUUAUAAAGCGACUGUAUCUGCGCAUGUAUCUAUACGGUAGUGAGCAGCACUCCCUUAACCAAUCAGAGCUCUGGUUUCUGUGGACCAGGACGUGAGGUGACGCUACAGUAGUUCUUCAAAAGCUAUAUGCAUUUUAUGAUGUUUACUAAGUUAAAAUAAGUCUGUAUGUUUCUGUUCAUGAAUGUUGUUUGUCUUUUUUUGUUUCUUUUUACAUAUAUCUUCAAUUUCCUUCGUUUUAUAUAUAUAUAUAAAAAAAAUCUCUAUGUAAAGAAAGCUGUAAAUAUUUUUUAUGUUGCUGCAUUUUUCAGUGCACUGAUUAAUAACUGUUUGUUUGUUUGUUUGUUUGGGUUUUUUGUUAGAGUUAAGACUACAAUCCUGUUUUGAUACACGAGGAUUGAUUCAGCUGUAGGUCUGAUGUGAAGUGGUCAUCUGGUAGAGAAAUGUCUUCAUUAUUUCUGUCAGAUUUGAGCCUCAGAUUUGCUGGUUUCUUUGCUCUACGUGGACAGUAGCUUGUUAAUAUUGCAGAUGCGUUUCAGCGAUGUUUUUUGUUUUGUUUUUCAUUUUCUUUUUUCCAAUGGAAAGUACUCACAGGUGAGAUUUUUUAAGUGGUUUUAAAAGCCAAUAAACAUUUUUUUAAACAAUAA